CCUCCGCUCAGACCGCGGACGCUCCGGGACGAGAACCGCACUUCUUUGAUCAGAGACCGGAGCAAUCAGCUGGAUCAAUCGGAGAUCGGCAGGUGAUCGACCAUCGGCUGAUCGGGGAUCGGUUGAUCAGGGGAAUGUCCCGGCUGCUGGAGAGCAGGAGGCAGGACAGGAUGAAGGAAAUUAACCUGAAGAAUAAGGAGAAGGAGCGCCUGAAAGAGAGGGAGAAGGAAGCGAGAGAGAGGGAGGCGCGCUCCAGUAAUGGCCACCUGUUUACCUCACUGACGGUGUCCUCCACCACCCUCUGCUCCUCCUGCAACAGGAGCAUCACGGCCAAAGAGGCGCUCAGCUGCCCAGGAUUCUCCUUGCUCAGUUCAAGUCGUCUCUUUGAGUACGCUUGCAAUAUUAUUGUGGAGCAGGAAUAUGUGGGGCUCGACUCUGAGUGCGCCAGGAGUGAAUACAGCCCUCCCCUGGGUUGCGGCUUCCCCCGCAGCUACGCUCCAGGACUACUCAGGUCUCAGGUGGAUCUGAGGCACUGGAUUCCAGCACUACCUGAGCCAGGGAUGACUGUGCAACAUCCAACUCAUAAAAUCGCACAAAGACUGCUGGGCAGGGAAAGUGGAGUCAUCCUCCUCCUCGGCCGUAUCCUCCAGAUAGAGGAGAUAAGAGUUGGCCGCACUCUCGCCACCUGGGUGGCCAACGUUUUGAUUGAGGAGGUGCUCAAAUGGUGGGACUCUUCCUCCAUCAUGUCCACCCAGCUCAUGCAACAGAAGCUGGCGUUAGCGAGAAAUAGUUCAGCUCUGCAGAACGUCGCCAUGAGAAGCAAAACGCCUAUGAUGAAGGAGCGUCCGAGCUCAGCCAUCUAUCCUUCUGACAGCCUUCGUCAGUCGCUGCUCGGCUCCAGACGCGUUCGAUCUGGCCUCUCGCUCGCCAAAAGUGUCUCCACAAAUAACAUCGCAGGUGUGACCGAGGACUCUGCAGGUCUCAAGAGGAUCCUGUCUCAGUCCACAGAGUCUCUGAACUUCAGGAGCAGGACUCUGUCCAUGGAGUCUCUUACUGAUGACGCUGAGUGGAGCCCUCUGCUGGACGAGCUGCAGAAGGAGGGCAGCUGCGUGCAGGCCGACAGCUGGAGCCUCGCUGUGGAGCCCAACUUCCUGCAAACACUUCACAAAGACCUGAUCAAGCAGCAGGACGUCAUCUACGAGCUGAUCCAGACCGAGUUUCACCACGUCCGCACGCUGAGGAUCAUGGAGGGCGUGUACCGGCGGGGGAUGCUGGAGGAGGUGAUGCUGGAGGCGGGGGUGGUCCACACCAUCUUCCCGUGUCUGGACCAACUGCUGGAGCUUCACUCCCACUUCCUGUCAGAGCUGUUCAACAGGAGGAAGGCGGGUCUGGUGGAGGGCAGCUCCACCAACUUCACGGUGCGCAAGCUGGGAGACCUGCUGGUCCGACAGUUCUCAGGGCAGACUGCUGAUGACUGGAAGAAAGUUUACUCAGAGUUCUGCAGUCGACAUCCGAAAGCUGUGAAACUCUACAAGGAAGUUUUGGCUCGCGACCGGAGACUGCAGCAGUUCAUCAGGCGUGCGACUCGCGGUCCUCUGCUGCGGCGUCACGGCGUCCAGGAGUGCAUCCUGUUGGUGACGCAGCGGAUCACAAAGUACCCCGUCCUCAUCCAGCGAAUCCUGGACAACACUAAAGGCUGCGAAGAGGAGGCGCAGGCUCUGAGCCGCGCACUGGGCCUCCUGAAGGAGCUGAUCAGCUCUGUGGACAAAGAGGUCCUGGAGCUUGACCGGAGCAGGAGGCUGCAGGAGAUCCACGCCCGCCUGGACCCGCGUGCCCAGGCAGAGGUCCGGGGAGGAGGCGUGUUCAGGGGUGGAGAGCUGCUGAGGAGGAGGCUCCUGCACGAGGGGACACUCCUCUGCAAGGUCCAGGGUACCAGGAUGAAAGAUGUGCAGGUGCUGCUGAUGUCAGACAUCUUGGUUUUCCUCCAGGAGAAAGACCAGAAGUUCACCUUUGUUGUGUCACUGGACAAGUCUCCAGUGGUCUCAUUGACUAAUCUGAUUGUCAGAGACAUAGCCAAUCAGGAGAGAGGGAUGUACCUGAUCAGUGACUCCACCCCCCCGGAGAUGUAUGAGCUGCACGCCUCAUCGAAAGAAGACAGGAAGACUUGGAUGAGCCGCAUCCAGCAGGCCGCCACCAGCCUCACCAUGUUUUCUGUUUCAGUCGACAGACUGACGGAGCUGCUGUCAGAUGCCAGCAUCCAGAAAUCUUCCAUAACCAACGGCAACCAGGAGAUCAGCGAUGGUGACUCUGGUUCUCUGAACGGCUCUUUUGACUUGAACGACAAAUCCUCAAAGGAUAGAAAUGGUAACCAGCUGCAGGAGCGAACGCUGAACGAGGACGUCCAUCAGCGGUUGAUCAGUCUGAGCACACAGCUUCACGCCCUGCAGGCUGCUGUGAUUCGUCAGGACUCAAUGCUAGCGCUGUUGGUCAGUGCAGGCUCCACCCCCUCCACCACCCCUGGCUCUGCCCCUGGCCCCCGCCUCAGCCGGUCACUGUCACGUGACACAGGGUUGGAAGCCAGCGGGGAGGCGGUGCUGCUGCGGCGGCAGGUGGAGCUGCUACAGGAGGAAGUGACACGCCUCCGUCUGCGAGGGGAGGACCAAAACUGGGAGGGAGUGGAGCCAGGCACCAGAAGGAGGAGCAAAAAUGGAGAGAAGAGCGAUGUUAUGAAAGGAGAACAGGCUAACAAGAGGCGUAGCAGUCGGGAACUGGAGCUCCGCCCCCUCGCCCCACUAGCCACCGAGGAUCCAGUCGACCAAUUAGAUGGCGUCCAAGAAGGAAAUGAAGAGGAAGAGGAGGAAGUGAUGAAGAUCUCUCCUCGCUCUGACAGCCCCAGAGACCUGCAGGACAUCCCAGAGGAGAGCGAGAGUUAACGCCCCACCUCCAGCCGAUGACCUCAGGGACCUCUGCUGUUGUCACUGUGACGCCACAGACACACAUCGGACUCUUAUUGUUAAAGGCCCUGGAUAUGAUGCCAGUGCCUGUUUUACAGUUUUUAGACCAAAUCAGACUUUUGUUCUUGGAACAUUUUCUAAAAGGGUAAGGGCGAGGUUAAAUUGGCAACUUAUUUUGUGAUUAGAUCACUGGUUUGAUCCGUGCCCUUGAUGUUUUCUGUUUAUUUGUUUCUUUGUUGUUUGUAAAUGGGACCAGAGCAUGCGUAUCUGGAGCUGGACCUGGAUCUGGAUCUGGUCUGAUCCAGAUAUUUUUCACAGUUUGUUUUAAGCAGACAGAUUUUUAUUUAUUCUUUGAAUCUGAGACACACCACACUACAUUACCCAGAAUGCCUUUGGACCAGCAGCCAUCUCAUAUUUAAAGUUUUGAUUUUAAUGGUGUCUGAUUUACAGAAACCAUUACCAGUAUGUAAGCAUUGAAAGGACUGGGAUUAUGGGGAGGGAUUGGAGGUUGGUGUGGUCAGAUUUGGGUUUUGGGGGUCGGGACUCACGUAGUGCUGGAUUGUAGGUCAGGUGUGUUUUUAAGGAGCACAGAGCUCCUUCUAUUAGCAUGUUAGCAUGGCUGUGUCUCUUAUACUUGUGUAGGACAUUGGUUGAAUUGACCAAUCAGCUUGUUUCUUUUGAUGCAUGGAGGUGAUGAUGUCAGCUCCUCAUGUCGUCCGGUGAUGAUGAUGAUGAUGAUGAUGGAACAGUGUUUCACAUAGAAAAUUGUUCAUUUACAAAAAAGAACAACAGACGCCGGUGAUGAUGUAAUCAUGUGAUCACAUUGGGGUGGACUACAGCAAGUUCAACAAGUCUGCGAUCAGUCAAAGAGGCCAUGCCCCUAAUAAUGCAAACUCCAGUUCAGACAGGAGAGUGUUAUCUAUAGAGACCAGUUUGUGAAUCAGGUUGUAAGCAUGUUUAUUUUAACAUGUAAGGGUUUUGGGACUGACUCGCUGCUGCCUCUGCUGGACAGUAGAGGAACUGUAGUUUGGCGCUGAUUAAGCAGAAAGCGUUACCGAAGAAUGCGGGCAUCCUCUGUCCUGAUCAUGUGUGAUUGAUCAUCACCUUAUUGAUCAGGUGUUUCAUGGACAGUAGUCCCACCCCCUGUGAGUUCACAUGAUGUUCUGUAGGUUUUGGAAACACAAAAAAAUAAAUUUGUAACAUCAGGACCUGAAUGUGAUUUUGAAGUUUUUGAAUAACUGAUUGUGUUCAGGUUUAACGCUGAGAAGUUUCUACAGUGUGAAUCACUGUUUUGUUAUGUUUUUUUUAUCUGAAGCUUGGGGAUCCAAAACAUUUCUGACUGUUUACGCAAAAAAAGCUCGCCAGGAUGCACGCCUCACAUCCAGAUGUGCCGCUGUAACAUUUCUUUUGAGUGUAUUUUAACUGUAGUAACAAUGGACUGAAGUAAUUGUAUUGAUCUCUGAUGAGUGUAGGUGAUUCCUGCUGUACUCUUUGUAAAUCUAAUCAGCUGCU